CCUGGCCGUGCAGGUGUGAGACUAACCUGAGUCUCCAUCACAUGGAGCCACUCUGGCCUGGCUUCAGAAACUCCCACCAAUACCAUAUCUUUUUAAACUCACCUGUGAGAUGGGGAGAAGGGAGUGUUGGUUCUUUCUUCAUCAGGCCAGAGAUGCCUCUCUUUGGGAAUAUAUUCAGUCCGAAGAAGACACCUCCUCGGAAGUCUGCUUCUCUCUCCAACCUACAUGCUUUGGACCGAUCCACUCGUGAAGUGGAGCUGGGACUUGAAUAUGGAACCCCCACUAUGAACCUGGCAGGGCAAAACCUGAAGUUUGAAAAUGGCCAGUGGGUAGCAGACACAGGGAUUAGUGGGGGCGUGGAUCGGAGGGAGGCCCAGCGCCUCCGCAGGCGGAAUCAGCAGUUGGAGGAAGAGAACAAUCUUUUGCGGUUGAAGGUGGACAUCCUGCUGGACAUGCUCUCAGAGACCACGGCUGAGUCCCACUUAAUGGAGAAGGAACUGGACGAACUGAAGAGCGUGGGCCGGAGGAGGAAGUGAAGGCUCUCAAGGGAGCACCCCCCCCCGGGGAGUAGGAUGUGGCUGAGCCAGUUGUUUGGUGCAGGCACACUGGUGGAGUUGGUCCUAGGAGGUGGGCUGGCAGGGGCCGGGGGAGGGUGUUGCGGGGAAGUGGGGGACAUUGGAUGGAGGAAACCGAGAUGCCAGACCAGGGCAGUCACUAGAACAGCACCCAGCUGCGCAGCCCAGGGCUGCCAGGCCGCAUGCAGGCCCCAGGUGCUAAGCCUUUGAAAGGGUCAUACCCAACACAUGUGAGCAUACAACUGCACAGGUCCUAGAGUCACCCCAGCGGGUGGACUCUGUGGGAAACGCAGCCGCACCUCAUCUUCUCACCCCAUAUGCUGGUGUUUGGGGUGUGACACCAGUCCCAGAGAGCCCUAUAUCUGGGAUCUGGCAUGAGCAACUCUCCUGGUACUGUGCCCCCCCCACCCCAAGACACUCCCUACCCUUAAAAGAAUACUCACCCCCAGGUCCACAACCUCCCCUGGCUUCAGCGACACAGCAGGGCAGGCCUGAGGCACAUUGUAGUUCUGUGUUAUUUUCUUGUUUGUAUAUUUUUUAA